AGCGUAAUGCGCAGGCGCCCUGUGUCAAUGUGCGCUGAAGACCUAAAAUCAUAGCCUCCGGGAUGCAUCCUGGGUGAACCGGAAGUGAAGUUUGUUGUGGAAAAGUGUCUAAAAGAGACUUGAAUUGCAAAGCGAUGUUCAGUUUAUUCAGAAAAGGUCAGGAUACCAAAAAGGUAGUGGUGACUGACAAAGAAGUAGAUGGAUUUGUUUUUCUGGGCAAUACAAUUAAUGAAGAAAGAAAUAAUUUGGAAAAUAAACCUCCACUAUGUGUGACAGGAGCUCAGUUUGAUCUUACUCAGGCAAAUUCAGAAAACCAGUCAAAGUUGACUGAAGCAGACAUUGAACUGGAAGCAAAGAAAAGUCAGAAUAUGGAAAGCAGUUCUGUGUUGGAAUUUCCAAAUGAUGUACCUUUUGCUCUUGCACCACACAUUCUGUCAAUACAGGAUACCUGUAAUGAUUUCUCAAGACAAUUGAUCUCCUGUGAUGUUAAUGACAAUUUAGCACGAUUUUGGUAUGAUUUUACACUUGAAAAUUCAGUAUUAUGUGAAUCUUAAACUUGGGGUACUUAUUAUAAAAUGUACCUAAAGCACUUGAAAUAAAAUAUGCUAGUAUCAUCUGUCUGUAUCUACCACUAGUCUGACAGAACAUUACCAUUUUCCAUCAUUGUCAUGUUUCUUACAUGACAAUGUAAGAACAGCUAAGCCAAACAUUACAAGUCAAUUACAGUAAAUAGGCUAUAAUCUGCACUCACUGAAAAUAAUCAUAUAAACUUCCAGACAUUGAUGUUAGCUUAGUCCUUGCUUGAUCAUAGGAAAACAAAUGUUAUAUUGUAUUGUAAUUUACAAAUAAUUAACUUAUACUAUGAUUUUAAUAAAUUAUUUAAUUUUAUUACAGCAUAGCUUUUGUUGGGAAAUUCACAACAAAAUUUUAAACUAAAUUUACACAUCAUUAGUGCAGAAUGAAUUGAUAUCAAAUAUAUGAGGUUGACUUUGGAAUUUGAUUCAUGUUUCUAAGGACUGUAGUUUUUGGUUGGUUAUUCAAGUUUUGUAUUCUAUGUUCAGUUUCUGUAUUGAAAGUUUUUGUUGCAUCUAACUAGAGUCCAGUCGGGAUAUAUAAAUAUGCAAUACAUUGUGUCAGUCUAUAUGUAUACAUAUGAUGGGUGUAUAGGUAUAUAUGCAGAUAAGUACAUAAUAU